UUCUUGCUUCUUAGAUCUCAAUUAAGUAAGGAGACCAAAUGCGUAGAGACAAAGAAAUCAAACCCGUUUCAGAGACGUAGAAAUUAGAAGAGAGAGAGAGAGAGAGAGAGAGAGAGAGACCAAAACACAAGCUCUCACCAGCAGAGACGUAACACCAUUAACACCAUGCUGCUGGUGCCACCCAAACCCAUCAACAUCACCAUCACCAUCUCCAUCAUGCUCCUCUUCAUCUUCUUCCUCUUCUUCUUCUCCGGCUUCUUCCACUUCCCCUCCUCCCUCUCCCCUAUCACCACCACCACCACCAGAGGGUUGGCGCUGAAUCAGUCAAAGGAUGCAGCUUUGCAAGGGUUCGGUAAGUGUAAGGGUUUGAAGAUGAAUCAUGUGAGUGUUUUGGUUAAAGGGUGGACUUGGAUUCCUGAUAAUUUGGAUAAUCUCUACUCUUGCGAUUGUGGGUUGAGCUGCUUGUGGACCAAAUCCAACGUUCUUGCUGACAAGCCUGAUGCUUUGUUGUUCGAAACUACCACCCCUCCUCUUCAGCGACGUGUGGGAGAACCACUUCGCGUAUACAUGGAUCUUGAAGCUGGCCGGAAGAGAUCAGGUCUAGAGGAAAUUUUUAUUAGUUAUCAUGCCGGAGACAAUGUACAGGCAACCUAUGCUGGUGCGCUAUUCCACAAUGGUCGAAACUAUCACAUCUCCAAUAAUAAAAACAAUGAUGUACUCGUAUAUUGGUCCUCAUCAAGAUGCCUUUCUCAGAGGAACACAAUUGCGAAGAAACUCCUCAAGUUGCUGCCUCACCACUCAUUUGGAAAGUGCUUAAAUAAUGUUGGCGGUCCAGACAUGGCUCUUUCUAUGUACCCCGAGUGCGCGAAUGAUGCCAAUUUAGCUCCAAAAUGGUGGGAUCACUUACAUUGUGCCAUGUCUCAUUACAAGUUUGUUCUUGCAAUUGAGAACACUUGGACCGAGAGCUAUGUGACGGAGAAGUUGUUUUAUGCCUUGGACUCUGGCGCAGUUCCUAUCUAUUUUGGUGCUCCAAACGUCAUGGAUUUUGUUCCUCCACAUUCAAUAAUAGAUGGCAGAAAGUUCAGCUCAUUCGAAGAGUUGGCUUCAUAUGUGAAGUCUGUAGCUAACAACCCAGUAGCCUAUGCGGAAUACCACGCAUGGAGACGGUGUGGCAUACUUGGAAACUAUAUAAAAACUCGAGCAGCGAGCCUUGACACGUUGCCAUGCCGGUUGUGCGAGGCAAUUAGCCGAAAAGGUGGAAGAAAUGCAAGAAGCUAGGUUGAGAUUCCAGCUUAAGCUAUUCUGAAUCAAAUAUAGGAAGACCGAAUUUCAUGGAAGGUGGAGGUUGCAACCUGUAUAGAGAGGCACGGUGCUUGUUUCACACAGAAAGAGAUCACAUGGAAGGCUUAGGAUGGUUCCAUUUUUUAUUUGUUAUUUUUAAUACUUGUUUUUUUAACCUUCUGCUAUGAUAGAAAAUUGUUGAUGCUAUCUCCACCUUAGUCAAUUCAAUGUAGAUUGGCUAUACGUCCCCAAAAUCCAAGGGGUUGUAAACUUCUCAGGAAUGAUGAUGUGAUGUAUAGUGCUUCUAUGGUUAGAGCUUUAAUAUGUGAACUGUGAAGUCCAUAGGGUAGUGCUUUAACUAGGAACUUAAGCUGUGUCAUUAUCUCCCUUAUCACACAAUUAUAUUAAUAGAGCAUUUUGCAUUAAAGGGAGCAA